AUGUCGUCGGAUUUGCUCGCACACGCCAAACGCUGGCUCGACAAGGACCCGGAUGCGUCUACGAAGCGCCAGCUCGCCGAACUUAUCGAGAGUAACAAUGUCAAGGAGCUCCAGACAUGCUUCAACGGUCGUCUCGAGUUUGGCACGGCCGGUCUGCGAGGUGUCAUGGGAGUCGGCCCGAGCAAGAUGAACCUCCUCACGGUCCUCGAGACCACCGCCGGUCUUGCCGAGUACCUGCUCAAGAGCGACGAGGCCAAGGCCAAGAGCCAGGGCGUGGCCAUCGCAUUCGACGGUCGCUUUGGAAGCAAGGAGUUCGCCUACUCUUCUGCUCAGCACUUUGCACACCGCGGCAUCCCCUCGCGCAUCUACCCCACGCCAACGCCCACGCCCAUGUGCGGCUAUGCCGUCAAGAAGCUCGGUCUGGCCGGUGGCAUCGUGGUCACCGCGAGUCACAACCCCAAGGAGUACAACGGAUACAAGGUGUACGGCCCUGCCGGCACCCAGAUCAACACACCCGUCGACGGUCUCAUCGCCGACGAGAUCCUUAAGAUUGCCGAAGAAUCCCAGCCGCCAACACUGGCCAGCCUGGAAGAGUGCAAGCUGAAGGGCAUCAUCAAGGAAUUUGGCGACGAGAUGCUCACCGAUUACAUCAAGGACGUCCAAGCGCUCGGCACUUUUGCGUCGGAGGCAGUGCACGGCAGAGAUGCGCCCAUCAGCAUUGCAUACAGUCCGCUGCACGGCGUGGGCGCGCCGUCGAUCGAGCGCCUUUCGAAGGAGGUGGUUGGCCUCACAGAGGGCGUCAACUUUUGGAUCUCGGAAGAGCAGAGAGAGCCUGACGGAGCGUUCCCCACGCUCGAAUUCCCCAACCCCGAAGAGCUCUCUACCCUCGAACUCGUCCACCGCCUGUCGGAAGAGAAGAAGACGGGCCUGGCCAUCGUCAACGACCCGGAUGCAGACCGACUGGCCGUCUCGGCUCGUGACGCCACGGGCAAGCUUCGCGCGCUCACCGGCGACCAGCUCGGAGCAUUGCUCGGCGACGAGAUCCUCCGACGUGCCGCUAAAGCCAACAGCGGAAAGGCCGGCGUUUGGACGCUGAGCACGAUUGUCUCCAGCCGUCUGCUUGCCCGUCUCUCUGGUCACUGGGGAGGCCGUCAUGUCGAGACGCUCACCGGCUUCAAGUGGCUCGGCAACGUGGCUCGCGGCAUCGAGGCGCGUGAAGGCACUGGCUCCUUUGGCUUUGGCUACGAGGAGGCGCUUGGCUACAUGGCCGCCAGCUCGGUGUGGGACAAGGACGGAUUGUCGUCGUACCUUUUGAUCGUCUCGAUGGCGUUUGACCUCGCACGCGAGGGCAAGACGCUCUGGGACCGACUCGAGGAGCUUCACCGCCUCGUUGGCCUCUCGGUCACCAUGCAGAAGAUCAUCAAGCUCAGCCCAUCCAUGAAGGGCACCGACGUCAUGACCAAGGUUCGCGCCGAUCUCGACGCUGGCAAGGAGAACGUCGCCGACAAGGCCGGCAAGGAGUACACUUUCAGCUUGGUCGAUGAUCUCAAAUCGCGCCCAGCGUACGACCAGGCCAAGGCCGACGCGGGAGACCUGAGCAUCCCCAAGAACGACGUGUUGCGUUUCUACGUUCCUCCUAGCCAUGUCGAUGCGCAGGCUCAGCGAGAGCAGCAGGAGAUCAUGCUCGGCGAUGUGCGCGUCAUCGUCCGUCCUUCAGGCACCGAGCCCAAGGUCAAGAUCUACACCGAGGCGCUCGGACAGAUCCGCGACGGCGAGGCGUAUCCCGAUGCCGUGCAGAGGGUCUCGCGCGAACUCGAGGAGGUCGUCGAUGCUUUCUGGGCCUGGAUGAGCUGA